AUGUGCAACUCCUGUUGUGGCUCCGUCUGCUCUGACCAGGGCUGUGGUCAAGGCCAGGAGACCUGCUGCCGCCCCAGCUGCUGCCCGACCACCUGCUGCAGGACCACCUGCUGCCGCCCCAACUGUUGUGUGUCCAGCUGCUGCCGCCCCUCCUGCUGUGUGUCCAGCUGCUGCCGCCCCAGCUGCUGUGUGUCCAGUUGCUGCCGCCCCUCCUGCUGUGUGUCCAGCUGCUGCCGCCCCAGCUGCUGUGUGUCCAGUUGCUGCAGGCCCCAGUGCUGUCAGUCUGUGUGCUGUCAGCCCACCUGCUGCCGCCCCAGCUGUUGCAUUUCUAGCUGCUGCCGCCCCUCUUGCUGCAGAUCUAGCUGUUGUGGUUCCAGCUGCUGCAGACCCACUUGCUGCAUCUCCAGCUGCUGCCGCCCCAGCUGUUGUGUGUCCAGCUGCUGCAGGCCCCAGUGCUGCCAGUCUGUGUGCUGCCAGCCCACCUGCUGCCGCCCUAGCUGCUGUGUGUCCAGCUGCUGCAGGCCCCACUGUUGUAUCUCCAGCUGUUGCCGCCCCACCUGCUGCCAGACCACAUGCUGCAGAACAACCUGCUGCCAUCCCAGCUGCUGUGGUGGUUCUUGCUGCUGA